ACGACAACUGUCAUUCAAAGACAAACAAUAUAAGCCCGAUACAGAAGACAGCUCCACGCCUGAACCGAGCAAAUGUGUGGGCGGAACGCCCGCCAAGAUGAGACACGAUGAGAGGCACGGCCGAUGGCGCCGAGUUAAGCCAUCACCACGCCCAGUGUUCCGGCCAGUUGUAAUAGAUCUACUGUUACGAUCCCUGUUCGAGACAGGGCUGGGCCCUAACUUAUGCCUCUUACGAGUCUUCUAGUGAAUACGCGGUCACCCAAGUCUCAUCCGUUGGACAUCUCCAACCCCUUGCCAGUCUCCACAGAGAUGUACGGCACCAACUACAAGGAGCUGAAUAAGGAGGAGAAGAAGGAGGGGAUGUUGGGUCCCACCAGCAGCAUCAGCCACCGACUGCCGAAGUGGACUGCCUAGGUGGCGUUCCUUGUACGCUGUGCAAACACCUUGUUUUGUACAUCAAUUUCUCUGUGUACGUAGUAGGCGUGACAGCGGGUACCAGGAUUCGCGCAGGGCGCGGAACAGGGUGGUGGUGGUGGUGGGGGGGAAUCGCCGAGGAGGGUGUCGUGUGGGGGAGCAGGAAGCCAUUAGGCAGGCAGCCCACUCUCCACAGGCGCGAGUAGGACCAGCAUAGAAACACAUUCUCGACU